CGCGUCACGCAGAGGCCCGGCGGCCAGUGCCCGGCGGCGUGCGGCGACCCGCUGACCGACGACAGAUGGGCCAACGACGGGCGCCCUGUGGCCGUGGGCGGCAGGAUGACUAUGAGGACGAGAGCGAGUAUGAUUCACUGGAUGAUUUUGUGGUGGACGACGAGGACGAGAGCCGGUAUCGCGUGGGGGCGAUCCGCGAGAUGUUUGGUGUGCGCUACCGUGAUGUAGACGACGACGAUGAUUACAAUAUGGAGAGCUCAGCCAUGCAGCAGAUGAGCGAGGAGCGGCGGAGCGCCAAGAUUGGCAAGCUCGAGGACAAGCGCGAAGAGGAGCGUCUGGCCGCCGAGGAGAGGGAGCGUGAGCGCAGGAUGCGCAUGCGCCGGUAAUAAAACCCCCCACUGUAGGCUUUAAUGAGGCAUUUCAUGGGACGUUUUGUGGAAUGCCGCUGGAGUGGCGGUGGCAAGAUAGUGUGUGCGAUGGAGCCUGGCAUGGCUGAGAUACUUUUGGCAACAUUUUUUAUGGUACAAAUCAACUACAUUUAAAAUGCACA